GUAAACCCUAUUCUCUCGAUUAGUAAACCCUAUUCUCUCGAUUAGGAGUUCCUGCAUACCAACCAUCUCCUAAUCAGUAAACCCUAUUCUCUCGACUAGGAGGAGAUGCCUCGGCGAUCACCUUCCGAUUCUGACCGAAAGCAUAAGCGGCGACGCCGCCACUCUGAUUCGGAGGAGCCAUCUAGGCGGAAGAUUACCGAGGAUGAGAUUACUGAGUAUCUCGCUAAGAAGGCUCAGAAGAAGGCUAUGAAAGUUGCGAAGAAAUUGAAGUUGCAGAGCAAAGACGUAUCCGGUUAUUCCAACGAUUCGAAUCCCUUUGGUGAUUCUAAUUUGAAUGAAAAAUUUGUGUGGAGAAAGAAGAUUGAGAAGGAUGUGUCCCAGGGUGUGCCACUUGACGAGUUCUCUCUAAAAGCAGAAAAGAAGAGGCAGAGGGAAAGAAAGGCUGAGAUUGAAAAAGUUAAAAAGAGAAGAGAAGAAAGGGCCAUUGAGAAAGCACAACGCGAGGAAGAGAUGGCUUUACUGGCUAGGGAGCGUGCGCGAGCUGAGUUCCAGGAUUGGGAGAAGAAAGAAGAAGAGUUUCAUUUUGAUCAAAGCAAAAUCAGAUCAGAGAUUCGAUUACGUGAAGGUCGUAUGAAGCCGAUUGACAUUCUCACUAAACAUUUAGAUCCUUCUGAUGACUUUGAGAUAGAUAUAAAUGAACCAUACAUGGUCUUCAAGGGUUUGACUGUUAAAGAAAUGGAAGAGCUUCAUAAUGACAUAAAGAUGCACCUUGAUUUAGACAGAGCAACUCCUACACAUAUAGGAUAUUGGGAGGCACUUUUGGUGGUUUCUGAGUGGGAACUAGCUGAAGCCAGGAAAAAGGAUGCAUUAGAUCGUGCAAGAGUGCGAGGAGAGCAAUUACCUCCAGAGAUGAUAGGUGAAGAACGAGGUUUGCACAUGAGCAUUGAAGCUGAUGUUAAAAGCCUGUUACAAGGCAAAACCUAUAGUGAACUAGAAGCCCUGCAAUCUCAGAUUGAAUCGCAAAUGCGAUCUGGGACUGCGAAAGUGGUUGAAUACUGGGAAGCUAUUCUUAAACGACUCCAUAUUUACAAAGCAAAGGCUUGUUUGAAGGAAAUCCAUACCAACAUGCUGCGCAGGCAUUUGGAACGCCUAGAGACCCCAUCUGAGGGUGAAAAUAUUAAGACAGAACCGGCUCAAGAACUUGACGAGCCGGAGUCUGAUCAUGAAAUGGAGGUUAUGGAGUAUGCAGGUGCUAGGGCCUCUCCAACACCUGUAAUGGAAGUGGAGGCCCCAGAUGAAGAAGAACCAGCCGGAUCAUAUUCACCACAACUAUUGCAUGGUGAUGAAGAUGAAGAAGAAGAUGCAAUUGACCCUGAAGAGGACAAGGCUAUUUUGGAGAGGAAGCGUAUUGCUGUAAAAGAAGACCGCCGCAUCCAAGAAAUCUCUUCAAGACAGAAUCCGCCAGAGGAUAACUUUGAGAGAAGUGCCAUGAAAACCAUGGGAGCAAUGGAAGAAGGUGAUGUUGUAUUUGGCUCUAGUGAUGAAAUCAACCUCGAUUCUCAGGUGUACUGGUGGCAUGAUAAGUACCGCCCUAGAAAGCCAAAGUACUUUAACCGUGUGCAUACGGGUUAUGAGUGGAACAAAUACAACCAGACACACUAUGACCAUGACAAUCCUCCCCCAAAAAUAGUGCAAGGAUACAAAUUCAACAUCUUCUACCCGGACCUGGUUGACAAACAGAAGGCGCCGAUCUACACCAUUGAGAGGGAUGGAGAUAGUGCCGAGACCUGCAUCAUCAGGUUUCAUGCAGGGCCGCCUUAUGAAGACAUUGCAUUUCGAAUUGUGAAUAAGGAAUGGGAGUAUUCGCACAAGAAAGGAUUCAAAUGCACGUUCGAACGAGGAAUUUUGCAUGUCUACUUCAACUUCAAAAGAUACCGCUAUCGUCGUUGAUCUUCACAAAACGAGGGUUGCUGUUAUUUGGAAGGUCUUUAGUCUGCAAAAAGCGUUAGUGGAAGCUGGCAUCUGUGAAAUUUUAUGUUUCUUUGUGACAAAAUCUUUGUAAGUGGCCGUUGAUCUAUCAAGAAAUUUUGAAGUUGUAGGUAUUCUAAAUGUCCCCCCUAAGUAUAUCUAAUCUCCACUUCCACCUCAACCGCACCCUAAAACACCAUCAACAUGUCACAGAACCCCACCCCAAAACAUGAUUUCACAAGUCCUCCUUCAUUUGUUGGGACGCCACACCAGAUCUGAAACAACUUGAAUCCUCUCACUGAACUUCACCCCAUCGCCAUGGCGGAUGAGGCAACAUUUAGUCUAAGAUUUCAGAGUAGAGACUUGAGAGAGACAACAUGAAAAUGUGAGACUUUGUUGGGACGAUCAAAAAAGGAAUAUGACUCAACUUCGUUGGAGUAAUCAUGUGGUUGUACUAGACUUUUCCCUUGUGAAUUGUAUACAUGUAGUUGUACAUCUUAUAUUUAUAUGCUUCAAAGUUCUGCAAACAUCAACCCAGACUUCUUUUUGUCAUCGAUUAUGUUUGUUGCGAGUAAAUUUGACCUAAGAUAGACUAUAA